AUGCCCAGCAAGCUUAGGAAGGCAAUAGGGGUAGUGAAGGAUCAAACGAGCAUAAGCCUCGCAAUGGUAUCAAAAAACAACUCUUCCAAUCUUGACAUCGCAGUGCUUAAAGCCACAACCCAUGAUGUCGACCAACUGAAAGAAAAGCACGUGAAGUCGGUUCUCCAGGUCACCUCCAGUUCCAAGCUCUGUGCAGCUGCGUGUGCGCAAGUCAUCGCCAAGCGCAUAGGCCGCACACGCAACUGGAUCGUGGCACUCAAAUGUCUCAUGCUGGUGUUUCGAAUCUUUCGAGACGGUGAUCCUUAUUUCCCACAUGAAGUCCUCCAAGCCAUGAAAGGAGGCGCUAAGAUCCUUAACCUCUCCACCUUCCGUGACGAUUCCAACUCAAGUCCUUGGGACUACACCGCCUACGUCCGUACCUUCGCACUUUACCUGGACGAGCGGCUUGCGUGUUUCCUCAUGGGUAAACUCCACCGCAGGGCUGUUUACAAGGAUUCCAAUAGUGGGUCCCGUAGAAGCAACGACGUCGUGUGCGACAUGAACCCCCCUAUCUUGAUCGACCGCAUCUCUUACUGGCAGCGACUGCUAGAUCGGGCUAUCGCCACCAGGCCCACCGGCGCCGCCAAGUCUAACCGUUUAGUACAUAUCUCUCUGUACUCCAUCGUUCAGGAGAGCUUCGAUCUCUACCGCGAUAUCUCCGAUGGCCUCACGCUUCUCCUCGAUAGCUUCUUUCAGUUGCAGUACCAGUCCUGCGUUGAUGCCUUCCAGACUUGCAUUAAGGCCUCCAAGCAAUUCGAAGAGCUUUCCGAAUUCUACACCUCGUGCAAGAAUAUGGGGGUGGGGCGUACCUCGGAGUACCCAAGUGUUCAGAAGAUCGCCGAUGAGCUUAUAGAUGCGUUGCGAGAGUUCCUCAAAGAUCAAGCAUCUUUCCCUGUUGGGAAUUCAAGAUCAACGCUCCAGUCCCCUCCCCUGCUUCUCCCUGCACCGCCACCGCUGGGUGAGUCAUCGGCAUCGAAUUCUGGAAGGCUUGAACCUUCUGAGAAACAGCAACUCGAGACCUCAGAGCAAUUAAACGAGGAAGAGGAUCAGAUCAGUGAGGGCACGAGCCCAUCCAUCCCUACAGAUCAAGACCAAUUUGAGAAACAAUCCCAAUUGGACGAUUUGAUGAUGGGUUUGAAUACUAUUACGAGUACGAAUGAAGCAGGGACAGGCCCCUCUGCAUCUUCGGUGGAUCAGGGAGGGGAGGACGGUGGAAGAGAAGGGUGGGAAUUCAUGCUGGGUGAGACUGCGAACGAUAAUUCGGUGACAUUGUCGGCUUCACAAGGGGGUUUUGCCAUGUCUUCUGUUGAAGGAGACUUGGACUUAGACGCCUCAUUCCAGCAGCCCAGCUACAACCCAUUCCUACAGGACACGAGUGGGAUUGGUGAAAGAGACACCACCGCUCACGGAGAUAAAGUAGAGACAGCCAUCGUCCCAGUCGCCGGCGACACUGGUUUCUCUUCGCUCCCAACGUUUCAGGUGACCCCGACGUUCUGUGUGCAGAAAUCUGAGGACUCCACUGCAUCGACGUGGGAUGUAGAGAAUGACCCUUUCGCACCAUUGCCUACCCAAACGGAUCAAAUUUUGGGUAAUUCCACCAGUCAACAGCAACAUUUCUUACGUGAACAGCAGUUGUGGUUACAUCACCAAAACAAAAUCAUAGCCAAGCAUGCAAAUGUAGUUUGA